CCUCGCUCGAGACCGUAUGAUUUUUGUGUCAAUGCCAUGAACAAGGGAAACUGUGCACUGUCAUUCAUUAAGGAAAUACUGGCUUGGUAAAUGGCGAAGACUUACGAUUACCUUUUCAAACUCUUGCUAAUUGGAGACAGUGGAGUGGGAAAGACAUGUCUGCUGUUCAGAUUCAGCGAGGACGCGUUUAACACCACCUUCAUCUCCACAAUCGGAAUUGAUUUCAAAAUCAGAACUAUCGAGCUGAACGGCAAGAAAAUCAAGCUGCAGAUAUGGGACACUGCGGGGCAGGAAAGAUUUAGGACGAUCACCACGGCGUAUUACAGAGGCGCUAUGGGCAUUAUGCUGGUAUAUGACAUCACCAGCGAAAAGUCAUUUGAGAACAUUAAAAACUGGAUCCGCAACAUCGAAGAGCAUGCAUCAUCUGAUGUAGAGAAGAUGAUCCUCGGAAACAAAUGUGACAUGAACGACAGGAGACAGGUGUCCAAAGAGAGAGGAGAGAAACUGGCAAUUGAUUACGGCAUCAAGUUUUUGGAAACGAGUGCAAAAACCAGUGUAAAUGUCGAAGAGGCCUUUUUCACCCUCGGCAGAGACAUUAUGGCUCGACUCAACAGAAAAAUGAAUGAUGGUGGUCAAGCAGAUGGUGGAGGGCCGGUGAAGAUUUCAGAGAAGCGCACCAAAAAGCACAGCAUCUUUAAGUGUGCUCUGCUGUAACUCAUUUUCAGCGCGUGGAUACGUUCACUUGCUGCGUCUCUGCGGCAGCUCAGUUGGUAUAACAUAUCACAUGAGCCCCUGCAAAAGAGCUGGACCAUCAGGCUCAAGAAGGUUUGUGUUUCCAAGCCCUUAAAUUCAAGAUGGAACAGAGGAAUGAUGCCGUUUUGAGAGAUUUACAUGGUUCACUCUGUACUAGAGUCACAAAUAGGAAACGUCUCCUUUGUUGUGUGGUGAUAAUCGUGAUGAUCGUGUCAAAAGAUAAUGGAUCAAAUAUGAAUGGUUUGGCUUUGAUAUGUUUUUUGUAAAAUAUUCUAUAUAGACACAGCAUUGGCUGGCUUAAAACAUUUGCUGCUGAAGGCUUAAAUGUAUCGCGUACAAUAUUUAUGAAGUAGUGAGCGAGUCUGUUUUCUUGUAAUAUGUUCCUUAGUGUCUUUUAUACUACGUAUACACUGUUCUUGCACUGGUUCAAAAAAUAUUAUAGAGAAGAUCUGUAAAAAUGCCAUUUUUGGAACACUAGUGGGUUAAAAGCACUUUACGUGUGUUUUCAAUGAGCUCUUCUUACAGGCACAUGUCCAUGUAUAGCACAGACGGACAUCAAUCCACCCGCUGGAAGGUUGCAAAGAUGCAGGGCA